AUGACGCUGGGAGUCGCAACGAGCUACGAGAGCAUGAGCUGCUACCAGCUUUUGCGCAUGUCGGUCGAGUCGGACGACGGGUCCAUCGUGUUUCAGCCGACGCUUGUCGAGUCGGAGCUGCUCCGCCUCCUCCGCGCCCUCGGCGUGGUUGAUGUGGCGAUGAACAUGCGCCAGGACGACCAGCUCGGGCACUUUGUGAACGCGUCCGGUGACGAUGGCAUUGAUGUUGUUGCUUGCUUUGGCAAGCAGGCGGCCGUCGAAGCCGAGCUCCGUGCGCGCGGGUGGUGGCCGUCCAAGUUGGAAAAGUACUUGGCGCCUGACCACGAAGGCGUGUAUGCGAUCCGCCUCGCCGAGACGCGGCCCAAGGUCGUCCUCUUUACGUGGCUCGUUGCGCGCUCGUUUGAGCCAGCCCACUUGCGUGAACGGGCGACGUAUGCCCUGCGCUUUGUGACGACGCUGACGCCGACGGUGCUGUGCUGCCUCACGGAGGCCGACUGGACGGCGCUCGAGCUGGCGGCCAGCGAGACGCGCCAAGGCGCGCGCUGGAAGAAGUACUCGGUCGCCUUUUCGAUCAAGGAGGCCACGGUGCAGAAGGAAAUGGUGGCCUGCGAUGUGCUCGGUACGAUGACGCUGCUGCCGACGGGGCAGACGCUGGUGCCAGCGACGGGUGCCACGGGCGUGACCUUGAGUACGUCAGUGGCCCACGACAUUCAAAGUAAGCACGACUCGGUGGCGACCGACAACUUUGCAGCUUGGCUCGUGGAGAUGGUGGCGACGCACCGGAUUGAGCUGCGCACCGCGAUUCCCCGUCCGCUCAUGAAGGCCGCGCUGCAGGCGUGGGACGCGUUUCCGGAGGCGAUGCUCGGAGACGUCACCCUGGCCAGCCUCCAAGACCAGUUUCGCGCGGACGUGGCCGCCAAUGUUGCGGGUCAUUUGCGCGAGCUGGAAGCCCGAUGCCUCUACAACGCCGCUUUCCUUUUCUACAUCGCGGACGAGCCGUCGGAGGCAGCUGAAAUCCGGGCCCACACGGCGAUGGUGGCCGACUUUGCGCUGCUCAAGGAGCACAUCUCGAGUGCGAUGCAGCUGCCGAUGUACUUGUACUUUGCUGAGAGCGUUGGGAACGCGAUCAACGUUGAGUACUGGCAGCUGCUGCGUACGGAUCCGCACUUGACGGGCAAGAAGACGUUUGCGCAAGCUGCGAUGGGGACGAUCAAGAGUUGGUUUGGCGCGGAUGCCUUUGUGGCCCUCACGUUUCCGUUCCUGAGUGCUGCCAACGCGGCCCCCAUGCGUCUCAUUUUGCCCAAGAUCCGCAACGCGCUCCAGUCGCACCAUGACCACUGGUGCCGUGACUUCAAGAGCUUCUUGCACGACAAGGCUGUGUUCGACAUCAUUGUCGGCCACGUCGUUGCCAUCGAGGGUCCCAAGAAGGACCACCCCGCCGAGCUGCGUGCGAUCAAGGAGGAGAUUGUGCACGAAGCCUUUGUCUCGGCGAUUCGCGAGAAGACUGCCAUCCACAAUGGCUCCUCGGCGAUGACGACUGCGAUCACGAGCGCCAGCAAGUUUCGCGUGAGCUUUUCGAAGCAGUACGUGGCUGGCGGCGCCACAAUGCUGCAGCUGACGCCGCUGCGCGGUGCUGCCCUCGCCAAGCUCAAGCUGCCGCUCAAGGCGUCGGUGGUGUUUGUGGCUGUGGUUGGCACGGUGGUCCUCGUCGUCUUUACCAUCGACACCAAGACGUACGUGCGCGCGUACCAGUCGCACGGGCCCCGAGCCAUGACGCAACUUCACACGAAGCAGUUUCCGCAUUUGGUCGAGUGCUGCGACUUUGACGUGACGCACCGCAUGCUCGGUCUGCUCCACUCGACGUGCAAGGUCGAGCUCUUUGCGUUCAACGAGUCGUACAAGCUGCUGGAGCGCGUGCACCAGGUCAACUUGGUGCUGCUGCGCCCGCCGCCGCCGUACACGCAGCUGUUUGUGUUUGGCGGCGACAACCACGGCGUGUUUUGCGUCGGCGACGAUGGCAGCGCGCAGUCGUACUUCUUGCGCACACAGCAGCUCUCGAAGCACGUGCCGCAGUUUGUCGCGACGCCCGACACCAAGGUGCUCAAGCUCCACGACGGCGCCUUUGUGGUCUGCCUCGUGCCCGACGCCGACGGCGUCGUGCGGGUGCAGACGCUCAUGACGCACGACCACGCGCCGCUGCCCGAGACGGAGCUGACGCUACCGACGCGCCUCAACUGGCCGGCGACGCACGCGCGCGCCUACGCCGACACGAUUGUGCUGCUGGACCCGACCACGUCGGUCGUUGUCGAGCUGACAAUGACGGUUGUCACGGGCAAGGUGGCGUGGCAGCUGCAGUGCGCGCAGGAAGCGGUCCCCGCGACGGCCGGCGAAGCGCACGUGCUCUGGGCACUCUUCCAUGUGUUUGAGAAGUUUCCCGUCCGCGCCUUGAUGGACGACGAGGGCGGGCUCUUGCCGCACGCGCUGCAGCUGCACGUCCACGCCGACACGCCAGCCCGCCGCAACGUGCUCUCGGUCGUCCUGGACAGCGUGAUGGCCAAACUGCUGGCGCUCAACAAGGACUUGUCGCCGCUCUCGCUCAACAAGGAUGCGGUUCUUGGCAGCGAGUCGCUCGUGUGGCCGACGAUGGCGCUUGCGCCAUGGCUUCUGGAGCUCGUCGGGUUUGUCCCGGUGCCCAUUUGCCGCGCCCAUGACAACCAGCUGGUGCUAUUGCGCGACGGCGUGGCGGCUACGUUUACCGACGGGUCGGAGGCGCAUACGCUGGCGCCGCAGAUUGGCUUUGGCCCCGCGAGCCACGUGUUGCAUGCGUGGAGUGGCCCCGUCGUCGUGCUCACCUCGAUGGGGAAGCAGUCGACGGGCAAGUCGUACUUUCUGAACCACCUCACGGGCAGUUCGUUUGCGAUUUCGGGCGCCCGCUGCACGGACGGCGUGUGGCUGACGCUGCGGCGUCUUGGCCGUUGCCUUGUGGUCGUCCUCGACUUUGAGGGCCUCGGGUCGUUUGAGCGGUCGGCGCAAGAAGACACGUUUCUCUCGGUGCUCAACGCGGCGAUCUCGCGGCUCACGGUGUUUCGCAUUGAGAUGCGCUUUGACAAGGACAUUGACGGCAUGUUUGCUAAGUUUCAGCAGGGCGUCGCGCUGCUCAAGGGCGACGAGCGUCUCUUCCGCGGCCAGCUCUACUUGAACGCGAAGGACGUCAACCCGAACGACCAAGCGUCGGUGGUGGCCGAGUUUGAGUCGAAGCUGGCGGCCAUUUUGAGCGAAAACACGGCCGACAACUUUGUCUCGGCCAUGUACGGCGGCGACGUGGUGAUUACGUGCUGCCCGCCGCUCGGCAACAAGGGCUACUACGAGGCGCUUGCGGAAGCGGCUGCGCUCUUGGUGCACGCGCGCGACACGAAGGCGUAUGUCAACGGCCACGACUUUCACGAGUGCCUCAGCAUGGUGCUGGCCAAGAUUGCGCUUUUGGACUGGACGUCGAUGGAGGACAAUGUGCAAGCGCACAAGAGCGUGGUGUCGCGCCAGCACAUUCGCUACGCGCUGCGCCACGGCAUCCUCGACGACGGCACGUCGCUCGGCCCCAACUAUGACGUGACGAUGACGGCGCAGUUUGAGGCGGUCGUGCCGGAGCCCGAGAUGGUGGCCCCCAUUGACGAUACGCUCGACUUUGGCUUGGACCUGAACGAAGGCGACGUGGCGACGAACUUGGCGACCGCCAAGGCGACGCUGCUGCUGUAUUUGCAGCGCUUUUUGGACCAUGUGGACGAGCCGCGCACGGUGCAGCAAGAAGCGCGGUUUGAUGCGAUCUGGGGCUUUGUCGUCUGGCGCCGCGAGUACCGUGUCCGCCUCUGGUUUGAGUCGCUCGGCGUUGCGAGCCGCGACGAGCGCGACGGCCUCGACGCGUGCGUGCUCAAGACCAAGCAGUUUUUGCGCCGCUGCCAGCACACGUGCGCGCGUUGCAAGCUCGGGUGUUUUGAGUCGUUUCUGCACGAGGCCGACGUCGCCCACGACUGCGGCACGAACCACAAGUGCCAGGGCCACUGCGCCUACUGCUUGACGGACACGAUUCCGUGCGGCGCGGCGGCCGGCCAUGCGGGCGCUUGCAACUGCAGCGUCCUGGACCACACGUGCCCGGCGCCGUGUGCGAUGGCCAGCGCCAGCAACUGCGACGGCGGCUGCCACCUGCCCGUCGACCACGACGGCGACCACACGUGCAGCGUGGCGCUGCACUGCUGCGGCGACGCGUGCGCCGCGCCCAACUGCCGCAGCCUCUGCACGCAGCCGUUUGCUUUGGCCCACGCCCCGCACCACUGCGGCGCGAACCGCUGCCAGCAGCUGUGCAGCUACGCUGACUGCGGCAACGGGUGCGCGGCCGACGACCAUUUCCAUGCGCCCGACGCGCUGCAUGCAUGCGGCAAGGCGCACUUGUGCGCGGCCGAGUGCGCGGUCGAGGGCAUGUGUGAGGUCAAGGUGCAGCUGGAGAAGACGACCGAGACCUUUCACGGCGCCCGCAGUACGUUCGAGUACACGCACCAGGCGAUGAAUGGCGGGCGAAAGAAGUGUGCAGCGGCGCUGCCGACCGGUCGUCUGGACCACGCGGGUGUCGACCACCAGUGCACGACGGCCGUGCACACGUGCACCGUGCGCUGCCCGUGCUGCCAGUACUACUGCGAGAAGGCGUUUGGCCACGCCGACUUGCACAAGACGUCGCACGGCAACAUGAAGGAGACGUACUUUGUCUCGGACUCUGCAAGCGUCGACAUUGACGGCCGCCAGUACACGGCCGGCGAGCGCGGGGUGGCCGAAAUGUGCCCCUUCUUUUGCGCCAAGAUGGGCCGCGGCCACGUGCACUACGUCACGUGCGACGCUACGUCGGCCGCCAAUUGCGUGUAUGCCACCUCGGACGGCCGCCGCCACUGCACGGUGCCGCUUGAGCCGCACCCCAAGCAGCCCAUGGACGAGGUGCUCCAUGAGACGUACUGGAAGCUGCUCGGGUGGGAAGAUCCCGUCACGAGCGCUGUCGAGCGUGCGGCGUUUGGCUUGUGCCCGUUCCAGUGCGACGCGCCCGACCACAAGGUUGACGACCCGUCGUACUGCGUGCUGGACGCGUGGCAUGUGCCCAGCAGCGCGAACGACGCGCUCGCGCCGGGGCACACGCGCGUGCAAGGGCACGUGUUCAACUGCAAGCACUAUGCCGGUCGCGGCUUGGACCAUCAUGUGUUUGUGCUGGACGCGUCGGGCUCCAUGUCGGGGCAGCCGUGGCUCGAUGUGACGGCCGCCGUCCACGCCUACUUGGCCGAGCAGCGCGCCAAGAAGGGCCCGAACUGCGCCGACAUUGUGUCGGUCGUGACGUUUAGCUCGCGCGGCCGCAUUGAGUUUGAAGCGCGGUCGAUGGACGAGAUGGCGCAGGUGCAGAUUCCGUUUCAAGGCCAAGGCACCGACUUUGACACGGGCUUGCGCUGCGCGAUCGAGGUGCUCUCGCGCAACCAGCACGCGAGAUACACGCCGGUCGUGCUCUUCUUUUCGGACGGGUACCCCAACACGAGCAGCAGCGGCGUCUACUUGGCGCAGCACAUUGCAACGACGUUUGGCCGCCACCAGCUGCUGAGCUUUCUCGUUGGCUUUGGGCAAAUGAACUUUGUCUGCCUCGAGCAGCUCGCCGUGCACAUGCAGGGCACGUUCCACAAUGCAGUCUCGGGCAUUGACCUCCUCGAGACGUUCAAGCAGAUUUCGGUCGCCGUGCACCUCAAGACGGGCCUCGUGUGCAAGGCGGCGCCGCCGUGAUCGCGAUACCUCGAUCUGGAUCUGGGUCGCGGAUCUGGUAACCCGACUGGAUCAAUGCGUUUGUCGUUUCUCUGA